AUGUGUGAUGUGGGGCAUAGAGUAGUAAUACCUGUAGGUUGCCGCGAAAAGGUAUUAAAUAUAAUCCAUGAGCCUCACAUGGGGAUAGUCAAGUCGAAAGCCUUGGCUCGCAGUUACGUGUGGUGGCCCGGUAUUGACGAGGCGGUGGAGCAAGCUUGUGGCGCGUGUGGAACGUGCGCUGCGUUCUCGGAUGCACCUCCGCGCGCCACACCGCAUCCCUGGCCUUGGCCGACUCGGCCGUGGACAAGAGUGCACCUGGAUUAUAUGGGACCUAUAGCAGGGAAAUUAUAUUUGGUUGUUGUUGACGCUAUGUCUAAAUGGCUAGAAGUAUUUAGUGUACCGAGUACGGCGGCGGGUAGCACUAUUGCGAAACUACAUGAAUUAUGGAGCAGGUUCGGUAUCCCUAAACAAAUAGUAACAGAUAACGGGCCUCCAUUUACUAGUGAUAUUAUUAAGCCAGACCGAGAAAAUAAUGUGCAUCGAGCGCAACAACGUCAAACUAACGACGCUCGGGGUGAAAAUAGAAGUUUAAAAGUUGGGGAGAGAAUCUGGUACCGGCAGCAUUCGAUGACGGAGAAGUGGGUUCCUGGUACUGUGGCUAAGGCUACGGGUGUAAGGGACUUCAAGGUCUUAGACAAGAAUAGUAAAGUAAUACAUAGACACAUCGAUCAGCUUAAGCCGAGGUGUGGGUCGCUUGUUAUCCCCACGAGUUCUAGGGAGUCCAGACCUAAUAUAAUGGGUUCAAGUCGUGAGAAUGAGGCGACCCCAGUUCAAGAACGUUCACUUGUAACGGGUUCUCCAAUAUCGCCAUCUAUAAGGCGGCAGCUCGGCGUAGGCAUAUCAUCGCCGAACAUUUCGAGUGCAAAUGAACAUCAAACACAAGAUGAAAAGUUUAGUACGCCGCCCACUACGCCUGUACUAUCCCAGUCACGACCAUUGCGGAAAUGUAGAUUAGAGAAAAUUGUUAGUUAUAAGGAGUAG